AUGUAUUCUACCACCAAGAUGAGCUUGCGCUGGCGCAAGAAGACCCACUGGCCGCCGUCGCCAUGUGUGGAAGACGAAGCUGUUUCCCUCUCCCGCGAAUUACACGGAUUGUCUCAAAUUGGAGAAAUGCCCGGACUCGAAGGUGUUUGCUCCCGCGGAACCGUCGACCAAUACCCAGUCCUUGUGGAUGUUUUCUCUUACUCUUCAUAUGAGGAGACGACCGUCAUCUAUGAGGACUUCAGCCGUGACAGCAGCUCUGAGGACAACGUAGGGCCGCCAACCCCGGUGGAUGAGAAACAGGACCCGAUGCUCUACCUUGUCGGGGAUGACCAGGCAGUCUCGUUGUCCGCGCCACUUGCAAGUCGAGAGAAACCCCAGGACCCAUCCAAGAAACCAGCUGUUCAGAGGCAGGACUCUACAACGCGAGGCCGCCCCAGGGCGGAUACUAGAGCCCAGAGAGACAGCCCGCCUAAGAGGGAUACAGCCCAGAGUUCCCGGGAUGCCUCGAGAGCUUCGAACAUACGCACCCCUGCCGUCACACAAAGCAAGUCUACUCCAUCGUUGCCCAGAAGAUUCGGGAGUGUGAAACAUGGCCGCUCCGCCGACGCCCUCACCACAAAAUCCGGCUACCAGUCCGACUCGGCUACAGUCAAGUCCAAGACCAAGCCUGAACCUGUGAACAAACCUGCCGCGCCUCAAACGGACAAAAAGUCGCCCACUGGACUCUCCGUGGCAGAAAGGCUGGAAGAGAAGAUCCGCCAGAGACAAGAACUUCGUGCCAAGGGAGGCUCAAGCGAUGUGCCGAAGACGCCUAGUCCCCCGUCUACUGAUCAACCAAGUGUCCCGGUUGAACUUCCCGCGGAGCCAUCCAUGACCCCUGCUGUCACUACAGCGCCGAAGAGCACCGCUCCGCAGACCCGUCCUAGGUCCACGUCGACGCCCAAGGAGCCAGCUACUGACCGCCGUGCAGAUGAACAUGAGGCGUCCUCCUCAGCUGCAGCCCCGGCACCACAACUUCCACCACGUCCGGGAUUGGCCACUAAGCCAGCAGGCCGAUCAAUCUCAAGCGACAAACCUCAGUCAACCGCUCAGCUGCCAGCCCGGCGGGCCGUAUCUUUCCUAGAUGACGUGCCGCAGAGGUCCUCGUCGCUCCCACGGACUCCCGAGGAUAUUCCUGAGCCACCACCACUACCACGCCGACGGAGCUCCUCACAGGACGCUGUUCGCCAUCGAAGUUCAUCGCAGGAUGCUGUCCGUCAGACAUCGCCCAAACGGCCGUUUUUCCUCCCGCCCUGCCCCAGAUCGACUCCCAUCGCCGGAUACCAGGACUGGCACACGGUCAAGGGACUACCCCAUUUGAAUAUUUGCCCGUCAUGCAUGAAGCAAAUGCGCAAGUCGGAGUUCCGCGACCACUUCGUCCUAGCCAGUCCCCGAUCCCGUGGAGAGAAAAUCCGCUGCUCCAUGAGCGAGCCCUGGACCCGACUGGCAUGGAUGCAGACGCUCAAGAAGCAGCUAGACCACCUCGAGCUGCUGCACCAAGUCACACGGCCACCCCUCAGCAUCAAGCCGUGCCCGGGGCGCAUCAUCACCGAGCAGCACUGGUACCGGAUUGUGGACCCGGAAACGAACAUGUACCUCCCGCAGUUCAAUGUGUGCUCUGCAUGCGUGCGGAACCUACGGGUCCUGAUGCCGCAGCACCGAGACACCUUCAAGCGGAGCUCCACCAAACAGGAACGAGCCUGCGACUUUCUGACAGACAGCCCGCGAUUUGUCCGGUACAUUGACUGCCUGGACAUAGCGGCCAACCGCGCCGACCAGGAGCACAUGCUGCGUCCCGACGUGACCGAGUUCCUCUCGUACGCUCGACGCAAGGUAGUGUUGCGGGACUGUCGGCGGGACCGACGGAUCCUCAGCACGUGGCACUACAUGCCGCAACUGCCAGAGCUGACAGUGUGCGAGGACUGCUACGAUGACGUGGUGUGGCCGUUGGUCCGGGCCAAACACCCCAUUGCGCGCAAGUUCUCGACGUCCAUGCGACUGCUCCCGGGCGACGGACCGUCUCGGUGCCGCGAAGCAAGCUGUCAGCUGUACUCCCCGCGCAUGCGCGCCAAGUUCGCAGAGGCGGUACAGUCGAACGACCUGAUGUAUCUGAAGCAGGUGGCGCUGCGCCGGCGCGACGCCGAGCAACGCUACCGGGACCGCGAGGAGGAAUUGCUGGAAGACGCGAGUCGAGGAUACGACGUGGAGGGAGAGAUGCGGCGCAACGUGGAGGAAUGGAAGCGAAACGAGUAG